AUGAUAUAUGUCCCUGUAACUGAAACCAUAUAAAUGACUAAAACUAUAGAAAAUGAUGGAUUAGAUGCAUCCCCUAAUUUUCAAAGGUUCAAAUAUAAUAAUGUGCAUCGAAAUAAUUUUUCUCUUGCCUGUAAAAUUAAUAAUCCAUUGAAACCAGCAUCAAAUAAACGUUCUGUUGUUUUUGGAUCAUCUUAAGAAAGAAAAAGAACGUCAAAAUUAACUUUACCAUCAAUAUAAUAUGAUUUAAACUUUAAGUCAGUUGAUCGACACCAAGCAUCUCCAAAAAUAAGAGUUCAGAGAACAAAAAGAUUUAAAUCCGAGAAAUCUGAUUAACAAGGUUAUCCUUCUCCAAUUGUCAAAAAUACUCAAACUAUUGUCUAAAAUCUUAAAGCUACUGAAUAACACUACUUAGAGAAAUUAAUUCAAAGGGUGAAAACACCUCGAAUUUAAAAUAAACCUAAAAUAUCACUUAAAUAAGAUGAUUAUAUUCCGAUGAAUUCUUAAGAACUUAAACAAAGUUUAUUUUCGUUGAUGUAAUUUUUUUCUCAAUUUUAAGGAAUAAAUAUGGUAUUAAAAAAAAAUGA